AUGACUAGUGGUCUGUCCUGCCUUACUGAGGCAAGCCUGUGUCCGGCACUUGGUCUCGGUGACAGCAGCUGCCAUAGCAACCCCAAAAGGGCUGCGGUGAUGAGGAGCUUUGGAAGCUCUGACUGGAACUAUGUGGAUGUUUUCUAGGUUUUGGAGAACUUCUCUGAUGCACCCAUGACUCCCAAACAAAUCCUCCAUGUCAUCCAGACCAAGGGGCUGAAGGAAAUGCGAAGCAGUGUGAAUGCAGGGCUGGCUGUGGUGCUGCUGCAGGACAAGCCUCUAUGGAAUGCAACAACCAGGUCAAAGGUCAAACCCUCCGCAGGAAUGCAACAAAACAACGUCCAGCCCCUCCGCAUGUCGCUGGUUCCCAGCCUGGGCAUCCUGACCUUCACUAGUGGCCGCCGAAGCUUCAUGGGGGGUUGCAGUGCCUUCUUGAGUUUAAGGGCGCGGCGCCCAGCGGUCCAGGCCCGGACUCUAAGAAACAUCUUUAAAACUUGUUCCAAAAUGUCGAUGUGGAGACGGAAUGGAGGCUGGACGGAAAGCUGGACUGAGACGCUGUUGCCUGAAGCCUCGGUGGAUGAGAGCUCGUCCAGUGCCUCCUGCUCCACGGAGCUACAGGCUCCCAGCAACCAGCCGCAGACCCGCCUCAGCAGGGCAGCAGGACAGCAGGGACGCACAGACACACAGCAGACCCAACAUGCUCAACACGCCCAGACCAGACUGAGCCGCUCAAGACAGUCAGGGAGACAGAGGAAGAAAGCAGUCAUGAUGCCUCGUGUUGUCCUCACCCCUCUUAAAGUGAAUGGAGAGCAUGUCCCUUCAGGGCCCAUGAAAAGGAGUCGAGGAGGGGUGGAUGUAGACUUUGAAACACCAGGCUCCAUCCUGGUCAACACCAACAUCAGAGCACUCAUCAAUGUGCGGACCUUCUCAGCCUUCCCCACACACUCACAGCAGCAGCUGCUGCAGCUGCUGCCAGAAGUGGACCGACAGAUUGGACCUGAUGGUAUGGCCCGACUGAGUAGUUCAGCUCUCAACAAUGAGUUCUUCACCCACGCCUCCCAGAGCUGGAAAGAGAGGCUGGCUGAGGGUGAGUUCACCCAUGAGAUGCAAGUGCGUUUCCGGCAGGAAAUGGAGAAAGAGAAGAAGGUAGAGGCGUGGAAGGAAAAGUUUUUUGAAGAGUACCAUGGGCAAAAGUCUGGCCUGACACAAGAGGAGUCCCUAAAGCUUACCAUGAGUGAGGCCAGUGAAGUUGCAGCCAGUGUUCUGGAAAGUGAUGUGGCUGUGGUUGCUACUGGUGCCCCCAAGAGACGAAGUGUGGGUCGGCGGAGGAGAGAUGGCAGGAUGAGGAGACGCACGAGGGCUGACCUGCGUCGCAGGGCCCGUCGGACCCUCUGCAAGGCCACUCCUCCGGCCUUGCAGUCUGCAGAAGCAGCUGACGCCAGUGCUGCACUGGACAUCUCAGCAGUCUCUAUUGCCUCUCCUAUGUCCGACAACACAGUGGUUCAAGCCGAGGUGGUGCUGCAGGCUGAGUGUGGCGUGGAGCUUCCAGCUGAGAGUGCCUCUAUGGAGCCAAAGCCCUCUCCCACUCCAGAGCCAGUCACAAUGCCAGCCCCCACUCCCACUCCCACUCCCACUCCGACUCCCACUCCCACUCCCACUCCCAGCCCCAGCCCAGCCUCCACCAGCGCAAACGAAGAGCCUGAAGUUACAGCCCGCCUGCUCCCAGAAGAGGCAGCACCUGUACUGGCUUCCACCUCCUCCCCCUCCUCCUCCUCCUCUUCUUCUUCGUCUGACUCCUCACCCGCCUCCUCACCCUCUUCACCUUCUGAUAGACAGGGAGCUUUUGCUGCAGGCCUGGACUCCUCGUCAUCCUCCUCAGCAUCCUCCAGUGCCGCAGUUGCAGCCGAUCCCCUGGAUGACACCGCCUCUGUGGUCACCUCAAUCACAGGGGGCACUGCCACCAGCAGCCGUGAGAGCAGCCCCUCAGCCAGCCCAGCCACCACUCCUGUACCCAGCUCCCAGCUCAAAGAGCAGAAGAGAAGGCCCGAUGAGGCUCAGGCCUUCUCCAGCUUCCCCGAAAAGAGGCCGCGGCUCGACGACCGUCAGUCCUUUCGUACCACAAUUGACAGUGUCCGUUCGGAGAAGCCGCAGCCGACAACAGAAGAGCCCAAGGUGCCGCCUAUCCGGAUUCAACUGUCCAGAAUCAAACCUCCCUGGGUCAAAGGGCACCCCACCUACCAGAUCUGCCCCCGGAUCGUGCCCCCCGGCGAGGGCUCGCGGCGGUCGGGGACGGGGGGCGCGCGCACCCUGGCGGACAUCAAAGCCCGCGCCCAGCGAGGAGGAAGAGGAAGAAGGGGAGGUGGUGGGAUGGAGGAGCAGGGAUCGUCUUCAGGCACUCAUUCGUCUGGAACACAACUACAGCUUCUCAAUGUAGAGCUCAUGCCCCAGCCCUCCCCCUCACUGUCCACUACCUCAACUUCCACAUCCUUGGAGCCCCCACAGACCCCAAGCCCACCUUUAGAGGAAGCAUCUGCGGGGCCAGAGGCUGAAGAGGAAAUCGAAGAAACAUCAGCCAGUGUCCUGAGCUCCUCCAAUGGGCUCACAGACAAGGCUGCUGACUCGCCCUCUCCAAAGCUGGACAAUGUAUCAGAGUCUUUGGCUGCCCAGUCUACCAGGCAGAACCAGGUGCCAGAGUCUGCCGUUGUCCCCACUGAGAGGACAGGCCAGCGCUGUGAAAAACCCUCAUUGGCCCCAACCUCCAUCCCAGAUUCCCUUCCCAGGUUCGGAGCUCAGGGGGUGGACGUUAUUCAGACGCUGGCCAGCUCCUGUCAGCCCAGAGAGCAGGUUCAAGGGAAGGAGGCUGGACUGGGCGGUGUUAUCCAGCAUGGUUCCCACCAUGUGGACGCCCAGGAAGUAUUGUCUCAUUCAACUGCAGAGAGACGGAAAACAGACACAUCCUCUUCUCAACACGUGGACUCCUCGGGCAGAGAGAAAGAUUAUGAGGCUGCGACACAUAGCGACUCCACGGAAACCGCUUCGGACUGUGAGAAUGAGAGCCAAGAGGACGAGCAGCAGGCUGACCGGGACUGGUGCACCCAGCUGAGCGCCCAGAGAAACGGCCAGCUGGUUAUCUGCAGCCCCCAUCCUCAGAACCAGCAGCCAGUCAUCCAGGCACACGUGUCCAGCCGCCAAGGUCAGACUGUCAUUCAGCCUUGCUUCCCCAAUGGCUUGCCUCACCCUCAGCACAGCCGCCCCCAUUCCCAAGAACACCCCACAGUCCACCCACGGGGGCUCAGGGACACCAAUGUUGUGGUCAAAAUGGAGCCUGGAGAUGAUUGUAGAGUCUCCAGACAGAGCUCUGCUGAAGAGGAAUGCCGCGGAGGUUUAAAGCCCUCUGUCACUAACCCGACUGCUGCAGCUGCCUCCAAGAGACUGGCCACCUCAGCCAGACCAGUAUCCAGUGUGGAAGCCAACAACCCUUUGGUCACUCAGCUCUUACAGGGCAGCCUGCCCCUGGAGAAAGUUCUGCCCUCACACUCUGCCAACAGACUGGAAAUCAGCCGAUUGCCAGGAUCCCAAUCCAGACCACCAGUGGCGAGGACCCCAGGUCCACGUAGCAGGCCUGAGGUCUCAGCCCAGUCUCCAGAAUUGACUGCAGCCUCUCACAUCCACAACAAGUCUCCAACAGGCCGCCCAGUCUCCUGUUUGAUGGAGUCCUCAGCUGUGUCGCAGUAUCAGUCCCAGCAGGCCCCCGGGGCUGUCCCGGUCAUCACCUCUCUGCCACCCUCCUCAUCCUCCUCCACUUCUUUAACCAACAGAAUUAAGUCAGACCUUAGCUCUCACACCAUUGUGGAGUCUGCAGUUAUCAAAGACUCUCAUGGUCCUCAGUCCUCACAGGGGGUCACUCCAGACAGGCUGCAGCCAUCCCACCAGACCAUGCCUAAUGGCCCCUCUCCUCCCCAUGCAGACCCCUGUCCCACGGAGGUGGUGCCCACUAUUAAGAUCAACUGGAGGCCCCCCCAGUCUCAGCUCCCCCACGCUUACCAACAGCAGUCAUCUCCUGCACCCACAGUGAAGAAUGAAGUGGGUGUGCGGCCCUCCUGCCAGGCUCUUGCCAAAUCCUCCCCCACUAAACCUAUGAGUGUUACCAAAAAGGAGCCUGGGAACUCUGUGGACAGCUACCUGAGCGGAGGGGCGAUGGAGGGACUCCUCAACAUGGAGAUGACUUUAGCCAGGAUGGCAAAGAAGGAGCAUGGCAAAGGGCCCUACUCCUCUGGCUCUCCCUCCUCCUCCUCCCCUUCCCCCUCCUCAUCUGUCUCCUCCCUCCCCUUCCAGCUAUACGGGAAGCUCCCCAAGCAAGGUGGAGGAGUAAGCUACACAGCCAAUGUGUCAGUGAUGGACAACGGCGGCUUCUCCCGGAGCAUGGCGGACGGCGUUCUCCAGCUGCGCCCCCGCCUGGCCUCCAGCCAGGCCACCCUCAGCAUCCAGGCCUUUACUGACAGUACGGCCGAGGAGGUGGCGCUCAAGUGCUCAUGCCGCCUCAAAGCCAUGAUCAUGUGCCAAGGCUGCGGUGCCUUCUGCCAUGACGAUUGCAUCGGGCCCUCCAAACUGUGCGUGUCAUGUCUGGUGGUCAGAUAAUAUGUUGAAGUCCCUGUGCACUGUAGAACUGCUAUCUGUACAGUAUCAGCAGCGAGGGGGGGGGCUCCAGAUAGUACAGAAGGGUAGAACACACAGGAGGAGCCUAACAGGCAAGAUUUGCCUUGUACAAUAUUAUUGGUCUGUAUUUUUUGUUGUUGCAGAUUUUCAGAUUUUUUUUUUAGCUGUACUGAUAUAUUAUUAUUGUUAUUGUUAUUAUUGUUAUUGUUAUUAUUGUUAAUUUGGGGCAUGAUUGAUUGUAAAUUGUGCCUUUUUUGUUUUCUCUCCUCAAAAACAUUUACCUCAUCUUAUCUUGCUCCACCUGUCAUCAUGUGGUGGCCAUCAUUGUUUUGGUCCCUCGUUUCCUCAGCAAACAGGGACUUAUUGUUGUCUCUUUGCGCAAAGAAGUAUUUUUUUAACCAUUAAAAUUAGUAAAUUACA